AUGCUAAAACUGGCGGAGAAACCUCCAUCAGUUACAACAGAUCCCUUUCCCCAGCCUCAAGUCAACAUGGUCAACUUAAAUUGGCCAGAAGAGAAGAGAGGCAAACUAACGACAGAAGCUAGCUCCAGCAGAGGCAGAAGAGUCACAAGGGAAGCUAAUCAAAGGCCAAAGGCAACUAUCUUAGCUGGGGUAGUGCUGUGCAGCAAAUGCAAGUGUGAAAGUGAGUUAGAAUUGACUAUGACAGAAAGAAGCGGCCCACACAUAGCGUUUUUUACAAAAUUGGAACAUCAUACCAACAAGGCCCGAUUCCGGCUCUAUCUAAAAACAAAGCCAGACAGAAUGACUAUUUAA